UUUAAACCAAAGAAGAAGAAGAAGAAGAAGAAGUACUAUGGCGGACUUUACGGAUGUAGCUUCCGAAAGAAGUUGAACAUUUUACGAUCUUACAGAGAUAUACGUUUUCAAAGAUUCAUAUUUUCAAAGUCUGUAAAACGGAAGUUGUGUUUGGAGCCUUGGAGUGUUACCUGAAGUGAAGAUUGAAGACGUGAGAGAAGAUGGACAACUACUGCUAUGCUAAGAUGGCGACGUCCGCUAAAAUAGAACAUGAAAGAGAAUCAGCGCCACCAACUUCCAGCAAAUCACCAACGGAGAUAAAGACGAAAGAUGAAGACGUCCAGCAGCUGAUUGGUCAUCCAGAAGAAGUUUCCCCUCAGUUAGGGGGGAGCUCCACUUUGAAGCAGGAGACUCCACAACCACCCUGCAUUAAAAAGGAAGAGGAGGAACUCUGCAUCACUCAGGAGGGAGAGUGUCUUCUAGGACGAGAGGAAGCUGAUUACACCAAGUUUCCACUGAGUAUUCUCUCUGUGAAGACUGAAGAUGAUGAAGAGAAACCACAACUAGACAACCUCUUAACUCCACUAUCAGAUAGUGAGGCUGAGGAUGAGGUUGAAGUGACUUUGAGCGGCGAUACAGACUGUGAAGGUGAUAUGAGGACUCACACUGACAACAAACACUCUGAAUGUUCUAAAAAGAAGACCAGUACAACAUGUUGGAGCUGCUCAAUUUGUGCUAAAAACGUUUCAAAAAAGAGUGAUUUGACUCAACACAAGAGAUCUCACACGGGAGAAAAUCAAUUUGAUUGUUCAGAAUGUGGUAAAAGUUGUACUUCAAAGAUCAGUUUGGCCAAACACAUGAAAACUCACACUGCAGAGAAAAACUUCAAAUGUUCAGUUUGUGGUAAAGGCUUUACUGGAAAGAGCCUGGUGACUCGACACAUGAAAACACACACUGGAGAGAAAACCUUUAAAUGUUCAGUAUGCUAUAAAGGCUUUUCUCAAAAGACCCACGUGACGGAACACAUGAAAACACACACUGGAGAAAAAACAUUUCAUUGUUCAGUCUGUGGGAAAGACUUUUCUCGAAAGAGCCUGUUGACUCGACACAUGAAGACGCACACCGGAGAAAAACCAUUCAAUUGUUCAGUUUGCGGCAAAGGCUUCUCUUUGAAGUUCUGUUUGACCAAUCACAUGAGAACUCACACUGGAGGGAAAACAUUUAAAUGUUCAGUUUGUGGUAAAGGCUUUCCUGGAGAGAGCCUUGUGACUCAACACAUGAAAACGCACACUGGGGAAAUAGCGUUGAAAUGUUCAGUGUGUGGGAAAGACUUUUCACAAAAGGCCCCUAUGGGAGAGCAGAUGAAAACACACACUGGAGGAAAAACACUUGAUUGUUCAGUAUGUGGCAACAGCUUUUAUUUCCAGUUCAGUUUGGCCAAACUGCAGAAGUCACACAGGAGAAAAAACAUUAACUGUUCAGUUUGUGGUGAAAGCUUUUCUGGAAAACAAAGUUUGACUCGACACAUGAGAACACACAGCGGAGAAAAAACCUAAUUGUUCUUUAUGUGGUAAAAGCUUUUUUUCCAGGUCAGGUUUUAAUCAACACAUAAACACAUUGGAGAGGAAAAUAAACAUUUAGUUGUUCAGUAUAGCUACAAUCAAAGGUGCAUUUUUUGUUAUCGCAUGAGGAAUCUGGUAUCAUACACACAGUCUGACAAUCUGUGUGUUUAAAUGUGUUGCCAUAGUAUCCUUCUGAGUUAAUCUCUCACAGCAAACUGAGCAUUAAAUGUUGUUGUUUUUUACUUAGAGUGAUGCUAAGAACAGCAGCUACACUACUUUGAUUGAGAAAAACAUGGAGGGUGUUUUCCUCGCCUCCUUUUUGGAUUACAGAAGUGUACAUCAAAGAUCAUGAAAUUGUGUUUGUGUUGUGACAAUAUUGUGUAGUUGUGUUGUACAUACACGCAGAGUGUAAGUUACCGAGCAAAUUGGUGUAUGUGUAAAUAAAGCUGUAGCCACUCAUCAAUCGCCAAAUGCAGUCGCUGACCAAAGCAUCGCAUCACUCAGGAGUCGAGAAGUCGGCAUUGCGCCAAAAUAUUUUUAAACAAAAGUUUGCUGUGGUGCGUCAGAGAAGCCUACAUAAACACGCACGGGGCGGGGCUGAGCCAAAGAGGACGCCCUGUGCUUCGCCCGUCAGGCGCAGA